AUCAAUGAAGUGUCUGUCUGUCUGUCGGUCCGUCCGUCCGUCCAUCCAUCUAUCUGCAUGGACUGGUUUGGUAGCAGUAAGUGAAUAAGUAGCAGCCUCCGGCCGGGGGGGGGCGCUGCUGGAGGAGCAGAAGAAGAAGAAGCUCCAACAACAGAUCACUCCGCCAUUUCCUCUCUGCUCCGCUCGCGGAGUUGUUUCUUUAUAUCUUUAUUUCGUGUUUAAAUCGGAACAUCUGCUCACCUGCAGCGUUACCUGAGCGCGAGACAGGAGCACGUGAGAGCGGCUGUGAUGGCGGCCGAGCGGCGCGAGGACAAAGAUGGAGAGUUAAAUGUUCUGGAAGAUAUUCUGACUGAAGCUCCAGAUCAGGACGACGAGCUGUACAACCCGGAGACGGAGCGCGCCGUCAGCGAUAAGAAAGGAACCAAGAGGAAGAGCGAGCGCUCCGACAGCCGGGACCUGAAGAGGCUCCGCCCCUCUGCCGGCCAUGCCCCCGCACGGUCCUCUUCCACCAAUAAGAGGGCUUCAGGCCCGCCCCCCUCCGCUUCUAAGAAGGUGGCCUCCAGCCCCCGCGCUCGCCACCCCCCCGCCAGCUACCGCCAUGAAUACUAUGAGGAGAGGAAGGGCAGACGAGGAGCGCGGGAGCCAAUCAGGAGCCGGGCGGGGGAGGAGCCCCGCAGGAGGGAACCCCCAAGGAGCCUGGAGGGCCUGAGCCAGAAGCUUCGGAGAGCCAGUCCCGCCCCCCCAGAGGACGACCGGUCGGAGAGCGAGGCGCCGCCGGAGUUUGGGUCGGAUGCAGGAUCAGGAAGCUCCUCCCCCACUGCCUCCCACGCAGAGGAGGAGGAAGAGGAGGAGGAAGAGGAGGAAGAAGAAGAGGGCAUGGAAGAGGAGGAAGAGGAAGAGGAGGAGGAGGAAGGAGAGAAAGAGGACGAGGAGGAGGAGGAAGAGUACGAGCGCCGUGGCGAAGGAAACGACUACGACACUCGCAGCGAGGCGGGAGACUCUCGCUCCGCCUCCUCCGUCAGCUUCUCCGACGACGGGGAGUCGGUUCACUCAGGCUCCGCCUCCGAGGCCUCAGGUUCAGAGAAGAAGCAGGAGAAGCUGUCGUCGUCGGUCCGAGCUGUGCGCAAAGGGAUGGAGACUCCAACCAGCAAGCUGCGCUACAUCCUGCGAGACGCUCGCUUCUUCCUCAUCAAGAGCAACAACCACGAGAAUGUCUCUCUGGCCAAAGCUAAGGGCGUGUGGUCGACGCUGCCGGUGAAUGAGAAGAAACUGAACGCAGCGUUCCGCUCGGCGAGAAGCGUCGUCCUCGUCUUUUCCGUGAGGGAGAGCGGCAAAUUCCAAGGUUUCGCCCGGCUGUCAUCAGAGUCUCAUCACGGUGGCUCUCCGAUCCACUGGGUUCUUCCUGCCGGCAUGAACGCUAAGAUGCUAGGCGGGGUGUUCAAGAUCGACUGGCUCUGCAGGAGGGAGCUUCCCUUCACGAAGACAGCCCACCUGUCCAACCCCUGGAACGAGCAGAAGCCAGUUAAGAUCGGACGAGACGGACAGGAGAUCCAGCCGGAGGUCGGCGCUCAGCUCUGUGCUCUGUUCCCAUUGGACGAGAGCGUGGAUGUCCACCAGGUCGCUCGCCGAGUUCGUCACAAGCGCCAGACGCCGUCGGAGCCGCGUCCUCGAGGUCGUCCGCCGCAGCGCGAGCCGGGAAGGCGUCGUCCUGAAGAGUUCGAUGUCCAUGGCAGGAAGCGGCCGCGAGCCGACGGUCCACCCGACUUCAACCAGCGAGCAGGGUUCAUCCAGGACCUUCGUAACCAGCCUGUGGACAGACGGUUCUCCAGCGUGAGGCGAGACGUGUUUCUCAACGGGUCCUAUAACGACUACAUGAGGGACUACCAUCACAGCGUGGGCCCCCCCGCUCCCUGGCAGACUCUGGCGGCGUACCCCGGUGUCGAGCAGCCCCCCCCCCAUCACCCCCCCUACUACCAUCACAGCCACCCCCCUCCACCCCCCCACCAGGCAUACCAUCACCACCAUCCCCCGAUGCCGCCUCAUGAGGCUCCGCCUCCCCGCUUCCGAGACAAGCAGCGAGCGCCACCACACCGCGCCUUCGCCUCCAGCCCGCACGACUACGACAUGCGCGUGGACGACUUCCUGCGGCGGACGCAGGCGGUGGUCAGCAGCCGGAGGGAGAGAGACAGGCAGAGAGAGAGAGAGAGAGGCGGACCACGGCGGGAGAGAGAAAGGGAGAGGGGGAGGGACAGAGAGAGGGAGAGAGAGAGAGACAAGGAGAGGGGGAGGUACCGCCGCUGAACCGCAGGGCUUUUAUUUUGAAAGUCAGCUGUGGGUGUUACCUGUUUUUUGUUAGGAGAAUUAUGAAUUGAUGACGUCAUCGGUUGCUCUGCGGAGUGAAUAUAGAUAAACUGUCAAAAUAAAUAAAUAAUGAAACCAGGUGAGAAACUUCAUUUCCCAGAAUCCUCUCUGUUGAGUCGCCUUUAGAAUCCCAGAUUUAGAUGUUUUUCAGUAUUUCUGAAGCUCAGGUGAUCUGAGAGGUCUCACAGAGCCGAACAGGAAACCAGAAAAUGUGCUUUAUUUUUCUGUAGUUGCUUCUCUUAUCUACAGGUGAGACAGCUUCCUGUGAACUCCUUCAAAGUAAAAGACAAUCUUUGAAAACCUCCUGAUUUUUAUUUGUAUUCAUUUUAAACAUGGUUUCUCUUCUUAACGUUAGAUUCAUUUAUUUAUUUAGUUUCCUGGUUCACCUUAGACUCCCUGAGCUUCAGUUUAAAGAGAAUCACGUUUUAUUUUGCUGAAAAUCUGCUUCCUGUUUUUUUAAGUGCAAUUUCCUGUUUGCUCCUCUCUGAUUGGUUGUUACCGUGGUGACCAAAUGUCAGCUGACUGAAGGUUAAGACUUUGUUUCCUGUCUGUUUUUGUACAAAAUAAAAACUAAAAUCUUAAA